GUAACUUCUCUGACGGGACCGUUAUAAGGGAAGUUUGACAAGUUGCACUCAGUUUCCCUCCUGGUCCCAAACUUGGAUUUCCACUCAACUCUCUACAAGUCGCAAAGAAGGUCUCUCUGGGCCCCUCUUCUUUCUCUCUGCAACUUUACAGAUAAGAACAACUACAGCGACUGAGGCUCGCAACAGAGUUUUGCAGUUGAAGCAAAUACUUUUGUUACUGCACAAUAAGAACAGGAGUAGAGAGCAGUUAACGCUUCCUGAGAAUGGGUGACUGGAGCGCUCUUGGUCGUCUGCUGGACAAGGUCCAGGCCUACUCUACAGCCGGUGGGAAGGUCUGGCUUUCGGUCCUCUUCAUCUUCAGGAUCCUGGUCCUGGGUACCGCAGUGGAAUCGGCCUGGGGAGACGAGCAGUCGGCGUUCAAAUGUAACACCCAGCAGCCUGGUUGUGAGAACGUCUGCUAUGACAAAUCCUUCCCUAUCUCCCACGUCCGCUUCUGGGUCCUCCAGAUCAUCUUUGUGUCGACGCCCACGCUUCUCUACCUGGCUCAUGUCUUCUACCUGAACAGGAAGGAGCAGAAAUUCAACCGGAAGGAGGAGUUGCUUAAAGCCGUGCAAAACGACGGAGGCGAUGUUGACAUCCCGCUAAAGAAAAUCGAGAUGAAAAAGCUAAAGUAUGGCAUCGAGGAGCACGGCAAGGUGAAGAUGAAAGGGGCCCUGCUCAGAACCUACAUAGUCAGCAUUUUCUUCAAGUCUUCGUUUGAGGUGGGCUUCCUGGUUAUCCAGUGGUACAUAUACGGCUUCAGCCUCUCUGCGGUCUACACCUGUGAGCGGGACCCAUGUCCACACAGGGUGGACUGUUUCCUGUCCCGUCCCACAGAGAAGACCGUGUUCAUCAUCUUCAUGCUGGUGGUCUCACUGGUGUCCCUGCUGCUCAACGUCAUCGAGCUUUUCUACGUGUUUUUUAAGAGGAUCAAAGAUCGUGUGAAGGGCAAACAGCCGCAAAUGCUCUACCCCAUGGCAGGCACCUUGAGUGCCACCCCUAAAGAUCUGUCCACCACCAAGUACGCCUACUAUAACGGCUGUUCCUCCCCGACCGCCCCGCUCUCACCCAUGUCCCCCCCAGGCUACAAACUAGCCACAGGGGAGCGGGGAACCGGCUCAUGCCGUAAUUAUAAUAAGCAGGCCAAUGAGCAGAACUGGGCCAACUACUCCACAGAGCAGAACCGGCUCGGUCAGAAUGGUGGAGGAAGCACUAUUUCAAACUCCCAUGCACAAGCCUUUGACUUCCCAGAUGACACCCAGGAGCAUAAGAAACUGUCCUCAACAGCAGGACAAGAGCUGCAGCCACUGGCGCUGAUGGACGUCAGGCCCUGUAGCCGGGCCAGCAGCCGGAUGAGCAGCCGACCCAGGCCAGACGACCUGGACGUGUAGGCCCCGGUUCCUCCUCCACCUCCUCCUCCCAGCUCUGCCUGGCUGACAGGAUGCGUGGCUGCAGCCAGAGAAUCAGGAAACACUCAAUCACAUAGGUUCAUAUAAGAGGUGGGGCUAACCUCGAUCACUGUCUUCAGCAUAGAGACUCUUAGUCACUCAGAGAGACAUUAAAACUUGUUAUGUAACACUGUCAAAGGUACAAGUUGCAAAUAUUUUUUUCAAUGACUUUUACCAUAACCUUUUAGUGGAGCUAACCAGGUUUUAAGAGAACAGAACAGCCACAGGAACGGUGCAAGAGUCUAACAGAACAGAGCAGAGGACCACGCUGGUCUACGUGAUUGAUCCGGUUUUAAUUUGCCAAGGUUACAUUUAAAGGAAAAUUCUGUUUUCUUCUUGUUUCAAAGUUUCUGCUAUUCUUCCUAUUGGCGACAGCAUUUUACUUACCACUGUCACAGCUGAUUUCUGAAGGUAUGGUGACAGCUUUGCAACAGGAUGCCUUCUUAGUUGUGUAUUUUUUAACAUGACCAGAAAAAAACCCAGCCUUCUUGGCUAACUCUGGUUCAUGUAUAGUUCUUUUUUUUCCUGUUGAUCAAUGAGCAUUGUUCCUGUCAAAUACAUGUAAAGAAAAGUAGAGUCCAGUAGGGCGAGAAACAAAUCUCCAUACCCACAUGUCCCAAAUCCCCAAUUUAGCCAAAUGAUCUAUACAAUUUGGAAAACAACCAAAACUAUUUAGUUACGGUUGAAAAAGACCCACACUGAUUUUUUGUAGGAGAUGGGAUGCAAACUGUCCAGUGUUGAAGUCACUUUCUCCGUCUCCAAGAGGUAUUACUGCAGAUUGAUGUCAUACUACUUCCACUUUAGAUCCUGAGAGAGGAAAGUCGUAAACAUAGGUCACUUUAGCAGUUUGAACAAAUGUCCGUUGGUGUUGUUUUUCAGGUGAGGACAGUCCUGUUAUAAAGCUGUGUGUAGCUCAUCAAUGAAGCAUUAUCACAACCAACAGGAAUGAUGGCCAACAGUAUGAAAUUGGAAAAUAAAAUCCAGGUUGUAAUAAAGCAGUUUUUUUUUUUGUCACUGUGACACACACACACACAACCUUGUCCCUCUAUCUUUGUGAGGACCCUCAUUGACAUAAUGCAUUCCCAAGCCUGCACACCCUAACCUUAACCAUUACAAAUAAAUGCCUGACCCCAACCCUAACCCUGACCUAAUUCUACCCUGAACCUUAAAAAUCAAGUCUGGACCCUCACACAGGCCUUUGAGCUGUCCUAAAGUGAGGACUGGCCAAAAUGUCCUCACUCUCCACAAAUGUCCUCACUCUGAUGGUCUAAAACUCUAAUUGGUCCCCACAAGGAUAGCUGAACAAGUACACACACACACACACACACACAGACACACACAGGCACAGACACACUGACACGCACCAAAACACACAUGUUAGCAAUGAAAGAUAGUUUGAUGGACUCUGCCACACUUGCAUUGAGUUGCUCUUACAGUUUGCUUGCGUAAUAAAGCUGAAUUUAUUCAUUAUUCAUGUACACUUUCUUCUGUUUUCAGUCACAUCCCAGCUCUCGAUUGCAAUCACAUUUCAGUCACAACAAAGACAGGAGUUAUUGUCCAGACUAAGAACAACUAUAUGUAAAGUGUUUACCACUUGGCUCGUCCUUUGCAUGAGACUUGCAGCAAGGUUUUUUUUUGGGGAAGAAUGCUUACUAUCAGUUGUAGUGAAUAUUUAUUGCUUGGCAUCUGUAGGACACCUACCACUAAGAGGAAAAAUUGACUACUAUCCAGUAUCUCAUACUCACAGAAAACAUCUUACAUUAACUCCCCACCAACUGUAUAUUUAUUGACAGUAAAAAACAUUUUUUUCCUCUUUAGUAACUUUGUCAGCAUGGACUGUUGUUUCCUGAUAAACUUUGAAUUUAUGUGGUGUUAUGUUUUCUUUUUGUGGUUUUAUUUGUCUUUUUUGGGGGUGUGUGUGUGAGAGUGGCAGGGCUGAGGGUUCAGGCUGCUGUGACAUAGCAAACUCUGAUCUGCUUUUAUGUGGCUUCCAUAAAGAAAGGCUUUAUUACUGUGUGUUAUCUUUUUUUCAUCUUUUGUGAGCUGUAGAGAAAGACAGUAGAAUGAUUAUCUGUGUUUUACAUAUUUGAGUGAAUGAUUUUUUUUUAGGUAUUGUUUUGUUUUUCAGACUCAAUGUAACCUUUGCUGCUUGAGAAAUAGAUAUUUAGUACUGUAAAUCAAGCUAACUGUGUCACAAUAAAAAAAAUGUGAGUUUUUAGAAGACUGCUUAUAGAUCUGGACUAAUAUUUAGUCAAUUAUAUGAAAAUGUAUGCCAAUGUAGCUCCACAACUACCAAACACUAGGAUAAAUCUCAAUUUGGGCUUUUUUUUCCUUUUUAUUGUAAUUUUUUAAAAAUUGUCAUUUGUGCAUCACUUUGUCGGUACUUACAUGUGUCAUGGAUCUUUCAGCUACAAUGGCAUUUGCACUGAGAUCUUGGUGAUAGAGAUGUAAUAUGAUGCACACAGUUAGUGGUAAGAGUUUUCUGAUACACAUGUUACUAAUUUAUUUUAUAACACAGAAAUCACUACAGUGCAUAAUAUCAGACAUCUGACCACUGGUUUCAUUGGUUCCUUGAGAGAUGUCUUCGGUUGAGAGAACAGGAGCAAUAGUCAUUUGUUGCCAUAAUUCAGACAAUGCUAAUCCAUGGGGAUCCACUGUUGUACAGUGCCAAUGCAUGAUAGCAAAACAAAAACCCAUUAAUUGUAUCUGUGAAAAGCUAUUUUAACCAAUAAAUAUUUUUCUGUCUUAA